AUGUAAGAAUUACCUGUAGAUAAAUUUUAUGAAGAUUUGAAUUCUGCUUAUACAGUUAUAAAAGUCUUAUAAAAAUAAGUAACUUAAUAAGUUAUAACCAAUAUUGCUGAAAAAUCUGAGAAUGAAACUUGUUUAUCAUCUCUAGGUUAUUUUCCUGGAACAAAUAGAGGAUGUAUUUGUCCUAAUAUGUAAACAUCUAAUCAAUAAUGUCUUAAACCCUGUAAAUUUGUGGAUACUACAGCAUAACAGAAAUUAUAUACAUUAGAUGGAAGACAAUAUUGUAUUAAAUAUGAGGAUUCUAAUGGUAAUAAUGGAUUAAAUAAGGCCUAAGAAGUUGAUCUUAAUUAAAAUGGUAUUUAAUUUAUGAAUUCUAAAUUUUCCUUCUCUAGAAAAGAAGAUCUUUUAGCAGGAGACUUUUAUAAAUUAAUUAUAGCUCCUGAUAAACCUUGUUUUAACACAGUAUUAGGUCCAACCAAAUAAUCAAAAUUAUCAUAUCCAUUUUCUACAAUUCAAUAUAUUGGUUGUGAUCGUUACUCAUCAUGGAAGGAUGAUGCAAUAAUGUUAGCUGAAACAACUCAUGGUUAAUUGAUAAAUGAAAAUAAUAUAUUCACUGCCAAUUUACCUUAUUAUGAGAAAUAUCAUAAUGAUGAUGAUCCUAUGAGAAUCUAUAUUUUAAGGAAAUUAUAUGUAAAUUAAGGAGAUGAAUGUCAAUAAGCAAUAAGAUAUAAGUUUUCAUAAUGCUAUAUUUCUUGUCUUUUUAUUUAAGUAUUUGAACUAGUAGUAUGCUAUUUUUCAUUUAUUCUAUUUACUAUUGGAUUCAUAUUUUUUGCAGUUAUUAAAUUAGGUGUAGAAUUUAAAUCAAAUUCAAAAACUAAAAACUUCAAAUAAUUAAAAGUUACAUAUAAAGUUAAAUUAAAUGAAAUACUUGAAAAAAGUAUUGUAAUAUUAGGAGUAGUAAUGGCAAUAGUUGUCAUAUUAUCAUAAUUUGUAUUCUAAUAUGGAUUGAAUAAUCAAGAAGGAUUAAAGAAAACUGCAUAAUACACAUAAUAAUUAUUGAAUAAGACAUGCUUUUAAAAUUAAGGAAUUCUUAAAGCUAUUUCAGUUGUUCAGAAUGCAGUCACAAGUUGCACUGAUAGUAUUUACAAUUACGCAAUAUUAUGGCUGAUUGUUGAAUUAAUAUAUCUAAUUGUAGGUUAUAUACUUCUAAAACAAAUGACAGCUAAAAGAUAGAGCUUAAAUUGA